UACGCAGGAGAGGCAAGACAACAAUAUCUACAUGCAGGGGUUCCCCUAUACAGAGCUGCAUUGAGGGGUGACUGGACAGCCGCUCAAACAAUCAUCAUGGAAGACAAGAAAAUAUUACAUGCGGCUAUUACAAUAGCAGGAGAAACUGUUCUUCACGUGGCCGCAGGAGCGAAAGAUGUUCAUUUUGUGAAGCAAUUGUUGGAUUUGAUGGACGAAGCAGAGGUGGAAUUGCAAGAUUGCAAUGGGAACACCGCCUUUUGCUUAGCUGUUGUAUCUGGAAGUGUAGAAAUUGUUAUGAUUUUGAUGGAGAAAAAUACUGAGUUGCCACUGAUUCCGGGCGGGCAGGGAAACAAGCCACUCUACAUGGCUGCUCUGUUUGGACAUGCUGAAAUAGGUUGGCUUUUAUAUCCUAUAACUAAGGCGACACUAAGCCAACAGGAAUGGAUGGACACAUUUUUCGCUUGUAUCCAUUCUGAUUUGCACGGUUUAGCCUUGAAAAUGCUUGACGACAACAGUGCACUGGCCAUCGCGCGUGACGUAAAUGGUGAGACAGCGCUGCAUGUCUUAGCUCGAAAGCCAUUGGCAUUUUUUAAGCGAAAUACAAGCUUAUGCAAGAGCUACUUUAACAGAAGUUUGACAUCCUCAUACCAUACAAAUUCUGUAGAGAGCGAUGCCCUUAAACUUACGAGAGGCAUAUGGAAAGAAAUUUUGGUUUCUUUACCUGACUUGGAGGUAAAGCAACUUAUUGACAAACCAUCAAGAUUUUUAUUUGAAGCGGCCGAAUUAGGGAACUUUCAAUUUUUGGCGGAGCUUAUUCACUCUUACCCUGAUCUGGUAUGGGAAGUGGAUGAGAAAAACCAAACCAUCUUC